GUAUUCUCACCGCAAGGAUCCACCACAACAGCGAAGGAGAAAGCAGACCAACCUAGCCACCCAGGGAGAAAGAGGCCAAAAGGGAGGGGAGAGUGUCGUCAUGGCUUCCAUUGUCGCUUCCAGGAGGGCCGUUCCUCUAGUUCGCGCUCUGGAGAAGCUCAUCGCAGCGUCCUCCGCUCCCGGGACUGGCUCCGCCCUCAGGCCGGUGGCAGUCGCCGGCGGCCUCCGCGGCUACAACACCGGCGCUCCGCUCCGACGCUACGAGGGGGCCGAGUCGGAAGACGAUAGCGUCCGCGAGUACGAUGGGCGGCACGGCGGCCGGGACUACGCUGUGCCCAGCCUGUUCUCAGGUAAUAUUUUCCGUGAUCCGCUUAGUGCGCCGCACAGCAUUGGCCGCCUGCUGAACCUUGUGGACGACUUGGCGGUGGCGGCGCCAGGUCGUGCGGUGCGCCGUGGCUGGAACGCGAAGGAGGACGAGGAGGCGCUGCACCUGAGGGUGGACAUGCCAGGCCUGGGGAAGGAGCACGUCAAGGUGUGGGCGGAGCAGAACAGCCUGGUGAUCAAGGGCGAGGGCGAGAAGGAGGAUAGCGAGGACGAGGCCGCCCCGCCUCCGAGAUACAGCGGUCGCAUCGAGCUCGCGCCAGAGGUUUACAGGAUGGACAAGAUCAAGGCGGAGAUGAAGAACGGCGUGCUCAAGGUGGUCGUGCCGAAGGUGAAGGAGCAGCAGCGCAAGGACGUGUUCCAAGUCAACGUCGAGUAGAUGUUUCCAAAUAGAAGCAAGUGCCGGUACGGGAUGGAGGAUUGGAGGGGCACUGCCAAACUAGGAUUCCUCUCUCUCAAUCUGAUCUGGAUUCUGGAAUCAGAUUUCUCUUCUUUCAUUUUUCUCGUCUAUCUUCUAUCAGUAUGAAAUAAGCAACGUCGCUUCAGUUUUCGUGUCAAGGCCGGUGGAGUCGCCUAUGUUUAUUUUAUUUUCUUUGUAUUUCCUACCUGGACACACGUUCUCUAUGCCGUGUUUGGUUUCCGCAGAUUUUUAAAAUAUGCAUGUUCAAACCCAA